UUUCCUGUCGAGAGCAGCUCUGCCGCAGCCCCUCUGCACAGACUCUCCACCUCCUCUUUCUCUUUCUUUCAAACACUUAAUACAUUUAGAGACUGAUCUUGUGCAGAAAAUAUCCCUGACAUUUGAAGAGCUCCAGGGAUUCAGUGAGCAUGCUCCGUGCUCCCUCCCGCUGGGAAGAGGAAGCUCGUUUACAUACGAGUCAUACCAGGCAUAGCCAGCAUGUCAGCGCAGUUAACUUGCAGCGGGCUGUGAGGAAAGCGAGCGCGGCUUUGUCCUAGGAAAUGUGCUUCGUGUUUUGCUUUUUUCACCCCUUUUUUAUUUCGAAGAAAGAUUCGUAAAGACUUCUGAAACGUUUUUAAGUGCUCGAUUGAGGAUACAAAACAUACACCGUCUACAAUUAAGCCCUUGAAGGGUUUUUGUGUUUGAUUUUUCGUGCGUGUUUUUUCUUUUCUUUUUCUUUCUUUCUUCUUCUUCUUCUUCUUUUUUUUUUUUUAACUUUUACAUACUUUGUUUUGAUCAUCUGAGGCUGGGCCUCACAGUCUUUGUGAAGUUUGAGAAGAGCCAGGAGCUACUCAGUAAUAAUUGAUUUUUUGAAACAUACUCUUUGGGGCAAAAGCAAAGAGCUGGUUUUCUGUGCGAGCCCAAUAAAUGCUAUUUAUGAAGAUGGACCUGUUGAACUACCAGUACUUGGACAAGAUGAACAACAAUAUCGGCAUUCUCUGCUACGAAGGUGAAGCUGCUCUCAGGGGAGAACCCAGGAUGCAGACCCUCCCUGUGGCGUCUGCCCUCACCAGUCACCGCACAGGCCCUCCGCCCAUCAGUCCCAGCAAGCGGAAGUUCAGCGUGGAGCAAGGGGACGACGACCUGGACUGUGAAAACGACCAUGCUUCUAAGAUGAGUCGCAUCUUCAACCCCCAUCUGAACAAGACUGCCAAUGGAGACUGCCGAAAAGACCCCCGGGAACGGAGCCGUAGCCCCAUCGAGCGUGCCGUGGCCCCCACCAUGAGCCUGCACGGCAACCACCUGUACACGUCCCUCCCCAGCCUCAGCAUGGAGCAGCCCCUCGCUCUGACCAAGAACAGCAUGGACGCCAGCAGGCCGGCUGGCAUCUCGCCCACGCUGACCCCAGUGGAGCGGCAGCAGAACCGGCCUUCGGUGAUCACGUGCGCCUCGGCCAGCACCCGCAACUGCAACCUCUCCCACUGCCCCAUUGCGCACAGCGGCUGUGUGGCGGCCGGGCCAGCAAGCUACCGGAGGGCCCCGAGCUCCACCACCACCUGCGACCCCGUGGUGGAGGAGCACUUCCGCAGGAGCCUGGGCAAGAACUACAAGGAGCCUGAGCCAGCGCCCAACUCAGUGUCCAUCACAGGCUCCGUGGACGACCACUUUGCCAAGGCCCUGGGCGAUACGUGGCUUCAGAUCAAGGCAGCCAAGGAUGGCGCGUCCAGCAGCCCUGAGUCAGCCUCGCGCAGGGGCCAGCCGGCCAGCCCCUCCGCGCACAUGGUCAGCCACAGUCACUCCCCCUCUGUGGUCUCAUGAAGGGAGUGCCACCCUCAAACAAGAUGUCAAUCUGCAUGGUUUGCCUGAGCUUUGAACAGUCAGUGCUUAAAAAAAACACAAAAACAACAAAAAAAAAAUUGGGUGGGGUAGGGGGAAGGGUAGGGAAGGGAUGGUUUAUUCGCAAAAACCAUGUCGUUGGAUUUUUGUUCUGUUUUUGUACUUGCUUGGUUUAAUACCCGGGGGCCCUCAAACUCGAUACCGGGAGCUGCCCGUGGACCAUCUAACCUAGCGUCCUGCCUUCCUGCCUCAGUUACCAAAGAAACCUCUGAUGCAGGUCUGCUGCCCCGUCGGGGGCCAGGACUCCACGGCGCACGCUUUCUCAGUCACAAGCCAUGACGUUGGUGACCCAGAUGCUUCGUGCUUUUCAAUUUGCUUCUCGAGACCGGGGUGUGUGUGUGGCUUCGCUUCCAUUGCGUGUUUGGUCCGGGCCGCAUGUGAGUGCGUCUGCGUGCGUGCGUCUACUUGAAGAGAACAGAGAACUGUCGCGUCUGAUUUGCACUAUUGGAGGAGGGCUAAAGUUGCCUGCCUGACAGCUUUCUGUGAGAUGCUAGUACUCUGAGGGCAAACUGCUGAAAAACAAAGGGUUUAAGGAUGACAUUUCUGACCAUUUGUGUGUUGUUUGUUUUUUUAAAUUUAGACAAAACAGCUUUGGAAGGGGAAGUCUCAUACAGGUUAUAGGUCUUUCUCUCUAGAUUUCAGGUGCUUGCAACUGGACUGCAGACUCUACCAAUCACGGGCAUUCUCCCUUUCCUAAACACUGCAGUUUGUUAGACUAGAGCUGAGGUUGGAGGAUUCUGUAGUGCUUUCAACGUGAUGCAUGUUUUAAUGGAGAAAAAUAGCUGGUUUCUAUUAAUUGUAUAGAUAUAGUAAACAAGAACCUUAAUACUUACUAGCUUCUUUUCAGAAUUAGUUUAUUUUUGUCAUUUACAGUCCUAGAUAUACUUACUGCUGGUACAGUUGUACUCUGAGAUUUGUUUGAUAUUCACAUUACUCCUGAGUCGUGUGGGGCUGGCAGGCCCUGGAGACGGGCAGGCCAGUCGUGGGUCAGCCGCCAUGUAGGAUGCUGGAGGUUUUUGCUGCCAGCUGACGUUUAUUUUUUGCAUCCCUGUCUGCUUAUUACUAGCUACCAGGGGAGUUGGGGUUUGUGUUUUCCAGCUUCCCUCCAUGCAGAAACUGCUCCCUUUCAACCCUCUUGGCUGAACAGCAGAUUACUGACAAUCUGUGAUAUGGUAUUUUGUGUGCUUCCUCGUACGCUGGGGCCAAGGCAGUAUACAUUCCUCUGACUUUAUACAGUUAUCACUGCAUUUAUUAUCGUUUGCUAGAGUAAUAGCUACUAACUAGAAAUUAGGCAAAGAAGAAAGCAUGACGGACACAGCUGUGGAUGUUCAACAGCUGCUCCUCUUUUUGGUAAAUGUACAUUUCUAUCCCACCCCCACCCCACCCCCCGCCCUGUUCCAGCCUCUAGAAGGCCACCAGAGGGCUUA